GACAGCCACUGUGUCUAUGCAUAGUUUCUUAGACAGGGGUAGCACAGGUACGUAGCCAAUAAGCCAGCGGUCUUUGCCAAGCCGGCGCCGAAAGGGACAGGUAGGCAGACUCCCUGCCAAGAGCCACCCAUUUAAAGGCACGCCAUUGGCGUUCGCUUCCUGUGCAGCUGCGUGCGACUGACUCGAUCGAGCUAGGGAUCGAGAUCAGACGACCCGUGCACGCCUCGAGCAAGCAAGCCAGCCUCGCUCGGCCUAGGUUUCUCGAUCCUCCCGCCGCCGUCGUCGUCCUCGUCGUUGCUGUCCUCGUCGGUGGCCGGCAAUGCAGAGGGGCAGGUCGUGGUUCGGCUGUGUGCCCAUGAGCACGGCGGCGCUGCCCGUGGAGAGGGAUUUUGAUCUUCCUGCGGUGAAGCUGUCGUGGCCCUCGUCCGCCUCAGAUGGAGGAUUCGCAAAGGGCAGCAUCGACCUGGGAGGCAUGGAGGUGCGCCAAGUCACCACCUUCGCCAAGGUCUGGUCCACCACGCAGGGCGGCCAAGACGGCCUCGGCGCCACCUUCUUCAAGCCCGCGCCUGUCCCGGCCGGAUUCCACGCGCUCGGACACUACGCGCAGCCCAACAACCGGCCGCUCUUCGGCCACGUCCUCGUCGCCCGGGACGCGUCCGGCACCGGGGCGCUCCUUGCCCCGCCGCUGGACUACGCCCUUGUCUGGUCCAGCGGCCAGGACGAUGGCGCGGGCUUCUUCUGGCUCCCGACGCCGCCCGAUGGCUACAAGGCCGUCGGCGUGGCGGUCACGGCCACCAAGGAUAAGCCGCAGCCCGGAGAGGUCAUGUGCGUCCGCGCCGACUUCACCGACGCGUGCGAGGCCGAGGAGUCGGUGUGGGGCAGCGACAAGGACGGCUUCAGCGCCACCGGCCUGAGACCCGCGGUUCGCGGCAUCGACGCCCGCGGCGUGCACACCGGCACGUUCCUUGCACGAAGCAACGCCGCGCCGGCGAGCGCCUCGGCCUUGGCGUGUCUCAAGAACAACAGCGCGGCUUACACGUCGUGCAUGCCCGACCUGCCUCAGCUGAACGCCGUCCUCGCGGCCUACUCGCCGCACGUGUACCUCCACCCCAGCGACCCGUAUCUCCCUUCGUCGGUCACGUGGUUCUUCGAGAACGGCGCGCUGCUGUACCAGAAGGGCAACCCGACGCCGACGCCCGUGGCCGCCGACGGGUCCAACCUCCCGCAGGGCGGCGGCAACGACGACGCCUACUGGCUGGACCUGCCGGCGGACGCCGGCCAGAAGGAGCGGGUCAAGAAGGGCGACCUCGCCGGCGCCAAGGCGUACGUGCAGGCGAAGCCGAUGCUGGGAGGGACGGCGACGGACCUCGCCUUGUUCUUCUUCUACCCGUUCAACGGCCCCGCGCGGGCCAAGGUCGGGCCCCUCACCAUCCCGCUCGGCAUGAUCGGCGAGCACGUCGGCGACUGGGAGCACCUGACGCUGCGCGUGAGCAACUUCUCCGGCGAGCUCCUCCGGAUGUACUUCUCCCAGCACAGCACGGGCGCCUGGGCGGACGCGUCGCAGCUGGAGUACCUCGACGGCCGGCCGGUGGCGUACGCGUCGCGCCACGGCCAUGCCUUCUACCCCAGGGAGGGGAUGGUGCUGCAGGGGGACUCGAAGCUCGGGGUCGGGAUAAGGAACGACUGCGCCAAGGGGAGCAGGUUGGACACCGGCGGCGGGCGGUGCGAGCUGGUGUCGGCGGAGUACCUCGGAGCUGCCGGGAAGGUGGCCGAGCCGGCGUGGCUCGGGUUCGAGAGGGGGUGGGGGCCGAGGGAGGAGUACGACAUAGGCCGCGAGAUCAACCGUGCGGCGAGGAUCCUGCCGCGCGCCAUCAAGGAGCGGCUGGCUCAGCUAGUGAACAAGCUGCUGGUCGGGGAAGGCCCCACGGGGCCCAAGAUGAAGGGCAGCUGGAGAAACGACGAGAGGGAUCCCUGAAACGUUUCCGCUCAUUGCAUGCGCCGGGACCGUUCUCUAACCGUCGUCGUCCGAUCGAUAUUAUGCGUUGAUCUGACGGUCAGAGACCAUGCCCUCUCGCUAGGACUAUCUCAAAAAACCCAAUGAUUACGUACAAAAGAAAAUCAGCAGUGUAAUUUGUUCUUGGGUAGAUGUGUUCUACUGUACAUUCGUGCAAUGUGUUGUCAUCUGUUGUUUCUUUUUUCGUAACAGGUGUUUUAAUUA